AUGUCGUCCAGGAAGAGCACCGCAGGCGGGGGCGAGCCCGACAGCGUUCGUCCCGCGAAGAAGGGCAGGGGCAGAGGAGUUGCAGCUGCUGUGGAGCGGCCAAUCACCUGCAUGGCCAACAAUGGGAGUUGUGGCAAGGCUACUGCAGGCAACACCGAGCUGUGCCAUAAUCACCUCAACGUGCACGCCCUCGGCUUCGGCUGGAUGGCGCUGGCCGAGUUCAAGGAGGCGAUCAAGAGCGAUCCAGAGUUCAACAAGCAGGUCGAGGCCGCCUUGCGCGUGAAGCUGGGCCUCGAGGAGAAUAAUUUCUUUCAGGAGGAAGUGUCCCUCGACGUCGUCUCAGGCGUUAGGGUCAUCAAUCGGGUCAGGGGUCUCACGGUCAAACGCUUCAAGGAGGUAUUCAACAAGACACCCCAGCAGUGCGGGAAGGUGAUCAGGGACCUCGACGACGGCAAGGGAGGGAAGUACAAGGGCGUGGUCGUGGAGGAUGAGGCCGGUGCCGACGUUAUCUACGAGCUCUUCACGACGACGUACAAGCAUUGGCAGCAGUACAAGCAGAUGGCGAACAACCAGUUGCACGCAUCGCAGGCGCAGACCAUCUUCGCUAAGGUCAAGCUGGACGAGUUCAUGGACGUCACCCCCUACAACAACGCGUCCAGCGUGAGCGAGAUCCAGGAGAAGGCGAAGCUGAAGGCUCCAGAGGACGAGUCCCAGGAUGAAGCUGCUGAGGUAGGCGAUGGUGAGAAGUCUCUCGAUGGAUGCCAGCGGACAGCUGUGCCGCUGCUGGCGACAGCCUCGAGCGCAGCACCAAAGAGAGCUGCUAAGACUGCUAAGGGCGGAGGGAGAGGCAAGCGCCCAGCCUCCACCGUCCGCGAGGCAGUCACAGCGUUCACGCCUCCGAGGCAGGACGCUGCGUCCCACGCUGGCAGUGUUGUUGAUCCGUCGCCUUCUCCAGUGCAAUCCGAGGCGAUGUUGCUUGUGAAUGCCAAGAUGGCCAAGACUAGCAUCAGCGAAUGCCUGCAAAUCAGCACUGGGCGCUCGAUGGGCGGGGCCGACGUGCUCAAGCAGAAGCUCAAGGCCAUGGGCGCCACCGUCGAGUUGAAGAUCUGGACUGACCAUGAGGACCAGUACCAGGAGCUGGACAGUUGCAUCAAGAAGCUGCGCGACGUGGAACUCCCAGAGCAGUUGCAGAGAAGCAUUCUCGAACGAUCUGUGACCGACAUCCUGGCGCACCCAGACGUGAAUAUUGAGCAGUUCUUUAACAUGAUGAACCCGCUGAGCGGUACGGACAUUGAGACUACCUUCAACCCCGAGGUGCCGUCUCUCAGCGGCAUCGCCAUGAGCCAAGAGGAUAAGGCGAAGAUGUUUGCCGACAAGCUGGUUCUUCGCUACCUCCUCCAGCUCAUCGAAGCGGGCGAAGAGAAGAAGGAUGUUGCACAGAGGUUUGCCCUGUUCGCCAUCAAGUGGCUCGAUGGCAAGAUAGACGAUUCCGAGAUUACCAUCAGCCCCGAGGUCGACGAGGUGUUCAGCACGUGCCUCACGAUCAUGAAGGCGAUGUGCUGCAUCAUAGACCACAUCCAGGUCGUUGGCAAGACAUAUGUUUCCCGUCUGGUGGAGAACGCCAAGAAGAAAGGAGGCGAGCACAGCAUGUCCGGACUCGUCUACAACGCUUUGCAGAGCAACGUUUGGUACCAGUCCCAGUACAAGAAGUUCGUGGACAACAUGGACGGCCUCGAGAAGUGGGGCGACGCCAUUCACCUCCGCACGAAAGAGAUCGUCAAAGGCGAGGCCAACACUACUAGCGACCCCUAUGAGGUGUUGAAGGAGCUGGAGGAUAUGAAGAACGACCUUGAUACCAGCGUGUGGCUCCCAUACGCGUCGUCCAUCGAGGAUUGGUUGGUUGCGGCAUUCAAUUUCGGAGAUAUGCAUAAGUUGAUUUCUAAGGCUGGAGAAGCCCCCGCGAAGCAGAAGGCGAUGGCCGACGCCAUCCUGAGGGCAGUUCUGACCAUGAAGGCGUGCUUCCCUGGCAGGGAGGCAGAGCUCAAGACACACGAGCAGACGGCGAUCGAGGUUGGUGCGGUCUUCGAGCACGAGAUGUUGCUCCAGCAGGCCAUGCAGACCCUCAGUGAGUUCAAGACCCUCGACCUCUCGAAGCCGCUGCUGAAUGACUACUGGGAAAAGGUUGCCCAGCUGGUGAGUCUCGCCCCCGAGGACUACGUCAAG